AUGCAAAGCCACCAUGUUAGAGAAGAGUACGUUUUAGGCUUCCAGCUGACCACCACCCUGCCCCUGCGGGGGGCUUCUGCUGUGCCGCUAGUUGGCGACCGGAAGGUUGUUAUCCUAGGGUACCGCUCCACAGGGAAGACAUCUUUGACACAUCAGUUUGUGGAGGGUAAGUUCCUGGAAGACUAUGAUCCCACAGUAGUGAAUGAGUACAGCAUUCUGCCCCAUUCAUUCAUCAUUGGAGUCCAUGGUUCUGUGCUUGUAUAAUCUGUCACCUCUCUUCAUAGCUUCCAAGUCAUUGAGAGUCUGUACCAAAAGCUACAUAAGUGGCCAGUGGUGCUAGGGGGGAGCAAAGCAGCUCUCUCACUGGGUAUGGAGGUCCGGGCAGUUGAGGGGAAGAAGCUGGCAGAGUCCUGUGGUGCGACAUUUAUGGAGUCAUCUGCUAUCGAGAAUCAGCUGACUCAAGGCAUCUUCACCAAAGUCAUCCAGGAGAUUGCCCGGGUGAAGAAUUCCUAUGGGCACAAGCGCCACUGCUGUUUCUUGUGA